CUAAAUGUUACAGGCCCACCAUCAAGAGAGACAAACCGACUUCUACAGAGGAUCCAGCUGCAAUAUAAAGACAAACGCAAAUUCAAAUGUACUUUUUGCCCUCGCCUUUUCAAAAGUGGUGAGCAAUUGAGGGUGCACACCCGCUUGCAUACAGGGGAGAAACCUUUUGGAUGUUCUAAUUGUGGUGAGAGAUUUAUCCGUAGGGACUACCUGCAGCGCCAUUUGAACAGGUGCAAAGGGGAACCUCUUGACAGAGUGCUUUGUGACAGAUGUGGCGACGUAUUUUCGCAAGAUGAACUCGAGAACCAUCAACUGACAUGUGUUGUCAAGUGUAAAUCACCUGCCCGUAGUCGAACUGAGUCCACUGCUGGCAGUCCACCAAAAGGGUUCUCCUGUGCUAAUUGCAGUGCCCGCUUCUUGUUGUUCUCUCAGCUCCAGCAACACUUUCUCAACACACAUAGAGACAUUCCAACAAAUCAGGCUUCACCUCUACAGGAGCAGCUGUCUACUAUGGAGAACAUAAAAGAGGAGUCUUUGGAUGAAGGAUAUGGUGACACUCGGCAGAAUAAUGAUAACAAUCUCAUGCUUGAUCAAGACCGUGAUCGAAAUAAUGAUAUGAACAAACCCAUUAAGUGUCCACAGUGCAACAUGAACUUUGGAAAUAAGGGUGGAUUUGCCAGACACAUGCGUACACAUUUAGGACAGUACCCAUUCAACUGCAAGAAAUGCAAUAAAGGCUUUUGGAACAAAAACUUAUGUCGGACACAUGUAAGGAAAUGUAGACUUGUAAAGGUCACGAAAGAAGAAGUUAACACUGACUCUGUAAUUACUUCAGAGAUGGAUCCUACUCUUAAAGAGACUGUCCUAGUCUUCAACCAAGGUUACAAAACAACAGGCACUGGGGUUUUGCAGACUAAUUUCUCCUGCAAAGAUGACAUGAAGGAUUUAACACUACAGAAUUCCUCUGGAAAUCAAUGCAAAGGAAGAUCUUCCAAUGAUAGAAUAAAUAGUGGUCAACAAGUCCCAGGCAACAAGUACCAGUGCUCAGAGUGUGAUAGAAGUUUCACAGAUGGGCUUCUGCUCAUCAGCCAUUUAGAGGACCAUGGGCGCGAGGAGCUAGAAAGAAAAAAGAAAUUCUGCCAGCCUUGUGGUAAGACGUUUGCUAAUCCUUCAGACCUAGCAAGGCAUAUGAGAGGCCACUGGAAUGAGAAGACCUUUUCUUGCCCACAAUGUCCACAGACUUUUCCCUGCCCUUCUGACCUUGACAUCCAUAGAACUUGUCAUGACUCAAAUAGACCAUUUGUCUGCAAAGAGUGUCAACAAAGGUUUUGGACCAGUCAAUCUUUAGAAAACCAUCAAAGCCAAGCUCAUUCAAAAGAACUAAUUCAUACAUGCCAUGUCUGUAACAAGAACUAUUCAAUCAGAAGUUCACUUGUUAAACAUAUUAGGAUGAAGCAUCAAACCCAUAAGAACAUGGAUGUUGUUAUCCACGUGAAGGAAAAGGAGACUGCAGUGCAAGAGGAAUUUGACAUGGACGUUGAUGUGGAUGGAGGAAGUAAUGCAAGUAAUGAUGAAGAUGAAAAUGAUGCUAAUGAGGACAAUGACUCUGACUCUGCAGACUACUUCCCAUGCCAUGUCUGUGGGAAAACAUUCACCACAUCAGAAAGCCUUGAGGAUCACCAACGCUGUCACCUCGGUGAAAAACCUCAUGAGUGUGCAGAAUGUGGCAAAUGUUUUUUCCAGGCAGGGCAACUGCAACAGCACCUUCGGAGCCACAAGUCUGAGUAUCAGUGUCAAAUAUGUGGCAGAGGUUUUGUCUCACUCUUUGCCUUACGCAAACACAAGCAUACUCAUGGAAAGAGCCGUCAACACCGUUGCUCCAAGUGCCCGCUCAGCUUCACAGGGCCCUCGCAGCUGGCAGAACACAUGGGCACCCACCGCGAUGACAAUUUCCCUUGUGAUAUAUGUGAUCGCACAUUCUCCUGCAAGAUGAGUCGGGCAGAGCACCGGAAAAUCCACAUUGAGACAGAGGAUGUUCCACCACCUUUACUUCCUCCAGAGAAGACUGCAUCCUCCUCUUCUACUGCCUCUUCCUCUACAAUGAAGCACCUUCAAUAUCGUUGUGGGGUUUGUAAUGAACGUUUCAAAGAACCAGAACAACUGUCUGAGCAUGGGUGCCUGGCUGCCAGAGAGCGACCUUAUUCAUGCCAAGAAUGUAAUAAGCAUUUCUUGCAUGCAUCUCACUUAAACAAGCACGAGCUCAGUCACUACCAAAUACCACAAUCAUACGUGUAUCGGUGCAAUCAAUGCCACAUGAGUUUCAACUACCGUCACAAUUUUGUCAGUCAUUUAAAUGAACACGGUGACGAUGAGGCUGCAGCAGAAGCUCUGAAAGGAGGCUCAGUGACAAAUGCUUGGGAAACUGUUUCAGAGAAGAGAACCAUUUACAAAUGCCCAAUUUGCUCUCACAUGUUUGCUCAUGCCAUAGAAUUGGCAAGUCACCUUUCCAUACACUCUGAGAACACGUUUGCUUGCAGUGUUUGUAAGUUGACAUUUCACAAAAGCAAGCUUGCUGAACAUGAGCGAAGCCAUCUGACUGCUGCAACACAAUACAAGUGCACGGAGUGUGGUCAGAGCUUCUUGGGCAGUGAUUUCCCCCACCACCACUGUGCACGUCGGCAACGUGCUGUGACAGCCCAUGAACUCCCACAUCUGUCUAAUAGAAAGUCAAUGGAGGAAGAGGUGGAUGUUGGUGAGGACUUCUUUAAUUGUACUGUCUGCUUAAUGCGAUUCUCUUCCCGCGGUAGUCUCCAGCAGCAUCUAAACAAAGAGCAUCACAAUGAACGGCCAUUCAAGUGCCAGUCUUGUGGAAAGACCUUUGCUCUGAAGAGAUAUCUCCGAGACCAUGAGCGAAGACAACAUAAAUUUGGCACUGAACGAGCCCACACGACAUACAAAGCCACGGACAGUGUAAGCCAGUACAAGUGCUCAGUUUGCCCCAAAACAUUAACCUCGGCACACGACCUGUCAUUGCAUAUGAAAGUGCACACAGAACAGGAAUCUGGAGGAGACCACCGUUGUGACAUGUGCUAUAAAUCAUUCAGUCGACUGUCUCUUCUCAGGCAGCAUCAAGAAAGUCAUGUUGGACAAGUUGUAUAUGAAUGCACAGAGUGUGACAAAGCGUUUGCUUUCCCACAUCUUCUAGAGGAACAUCAAAAGACUCAUGCUGCUGGACCAUAAGUAUUUUUCCCCACCCUCAAAAUCCUCCCACUAACUAAAUGUAAAAAGACAAGUUGGACAAUGGACAUAGAAAAGACCUCCUGCCUCACUGAUUGUGUUCAAUUAUCCAAUGAACUCAGUCACGUCAUAGAAAUGUGUUUUUUUCUGGUGCUGUUUGCAGUCAUCAAGCAAUUUUGUGUCCACACUUCCAUCUUAAUCAUUUAACGUUUUUGAUUGGCUCACAAGAUGCUUAACUGUGUUUUUUACCCCAUGUCUUCAGAAAUGUUCAGCCUACAACCUGGUUCGUGAAAAGGUUUAGAUUAUAUUUACAGAUUUCCUCCUAUUUUAACAUUUUAUAUCUGGUCAGAACUGCAGUUCAUUGAGACUAUUACCUUUCCAUAGAGCACUAAUUUGUAAUAACCUCCAUAUUCAAUUGUAUAUAGUUGUUUAAUUGUCUUAUGUGCCCUGAAUGCAAUUACAAAAGUUUCAGUUCACUUUUCACAAAGUGAAAUGUAAGCUUUUGACCAUGGAAUAAAUUCCUGACUCUGAUAAAGUAUAUAUAAUGGGCUGUCACUGACAGUUUUAGGAAUCCAUAUUGACCCGGUUGUUUUUUUGUUCUGCUUGCUAAUCCAUUACUCUGCCUAACCUUCUAAACAUAUUAUCACUUAGACUUUAAUAAUGACGUGGGAUACUUUUAUCCAUGUAUGAUCCAUGUAGCCCUUCUAAACAUAUUAUCACUUAGACUUUAAUAAUGACGUGGGAUACUUUUAUCCAUGUAUGAUCCAUGUAGCUCUUCUAAACUUUCCAAAUCUAAAACCACAGCAUUGUGUAUAUUAUGUAAAUAUGACAUGAUCGUAACCAUUUAAGUAUUUGACAUGAAAUUGACCAUUGUUGUAAGCUAUUAAUUUUCCCUGUGUUCAGAAACAUUCUAUCAUUCAUUCAAAUGCCUUAAAUAUGUGUUUUGGAUGUAGUAGUUCAAGGGCAACAUUUGUUGACAUUUUUUCCUUAUUGGGUGUUACUUUUGUAUGAAUGGUGUUUCAAAAGACAUUAAACAAAAUAAACCAGUCAA